AAUCAAAAUUUACAUUUUGGGAUCAUGUGACAAGGAUGGCUUCGACAUGGCGGCUGGUGUAAACUUGUGUGAUGUACGCAUUGAAGAAACUCUCAAAAUAAGAAUAGGUGAGGCAAAAAAUCUUCCAGCGAGAAAAGAGCCAAGAUAUUCGCGAAACUGUUAUUGUGUUGUCACACUUGAUCAAGAAGAAGUAUUUAGAACCUCAACGGUAGAAAAAAGUUUAUGCCCUUUUUUUGGUGAAGAUGUACAUUUUGAAGUUCCAAGAGACUUUAGGACAUUAUGUUUUUAUCUAUUUGACACUGAUCUUAUAGGAAAGGAUACAGUUUUAGGAAAGGUUGCAAUUAAGAAAGGAUGUGUUCAUAACUAUCCCUCAGAUACAUGGUUUCCUCUGGUUCAUGUUGAACCUGACACAGAAGUUCAAGGAAGAAUACAUAUAGAAAUCAAGCAUUAUGAAUUUAUACCUGACACUGAUGAUGAUGAAUUCUCUAGCACACCCAAACUAAGUAUUAAGGUGGUGGAAUGUACUGACUUAUAUGGGUGUAAUGGAAAUGGCACAUUUUCUGAUCCGUAUGUCAGUAUUACUUGCCAACGCCCUGUCUCAAGGUCAGAGCCUAAGAAGACCAAAGUAAAGAAAAGAACAUUGAAUCCAAAAUUUGAAGAAUCAUUUCUCUUUGAAAUACCUGAUGAUGAUGUUGAAAGUUUGGUUUUGAGGUGCACUGCCUGGAGUGCCAGUCUUAUAGGGGAAGAUAUCUUCUUAGGAGAAGUCAGGGUUCCUCUUAGUAAAUGUGAUUUGUCUUCAAUGCAUGAAGGAUGGUACUGGCUUGGACCUCGUGAAGAGAAGAAUGACCCUCCAGUUAAACAAGAUAUAGGCUCAUUAAGGCUCAGAGUGACUCACACUCAAGAUCAUGUAUUUCCUUCAAGUUUUUAUGAACCACUGAGGGAAACAAUUUUGGCUAUUAAGGAUGGGCAGGAUGUACAGACAACUGCAGCCCACAUUCUUGGUGAUAUUAUUAAGGAUAAGGCUACUGUGGCAAAGUCUCUUGUCAGAGUUUUUUCUCAUCAUAAUCAGGUUGUAGAUUUUAUAAAGCUGGUUGUAGAUCAUGAAGUCCAAAGUACAAAAGAUUCCAAUACACUUUUCCGAGGCAAUUCUGUAGCAACCAAGUCUGUUGAUGAGUUCAUGAAGCAUGCUGGCAUGUAUUAUCUUCAUGACACCAUUAAAUGCCUCAUAGAUGAAAUUUAUGAUGACCACAAAAGAUGUGAAAUUGACCCAGCUAAGCUGAGAGAAGGGGAAUCACUUGAGGGAAAUUUGGUUCAUCUGCGGAGCUAUGUAAAUAGAUUAUUUGCAGCUAUCACAUGUUCUGCCAUGGCAUGUCCAACUGUAAUGUGUCAAGUAUUUCACACCAUUAGAGAAGCAGCUGUCCGAAAAUUCCCAAGUGAUGAAGAUGUGUGUUACACAUCAGUGAGUGGAUUUGUGUUCCUGAGAUUCUUUGCACCUGCUAUUUUAAACCCUAAAUUAUUUCAGAUGAGAAAUGAGCACCCAGAUGCACAAACAGCUAGGACACUUACACUUAUAUCCAAAGCUAUCCAGAGUUUAGGAAAUGUUGUGAGCUCUGUGCUGUGUGGACAGGUAAAGGAACCUUACAUGGAAACAUUGAAGUCAGUUAUUCUCGAUCAGGAACAUAUCACUGCUGUCAAAAGAUUCUUAGAGAUCAUUUCCUCACCCAGCAGAGCACAAGGACUACCUGUAGACUCAACAAUUGUUCUCAAGGAAGGGAUGUUAAUAAAGAGAGCUCAAGGGCGAAGUAGACUAGGUUUCAAAAAUUUUAGGAAGAGGUUCUUUGUUUUAACCAACAAAGGCCUUUCAUACUCAAAGGACAAAACUAAGCCAGUUGUAGGUCACAUACCUGUCUGUGAUAUCUUGGGAGCAGAAAGUUUGGGCGAGGACUCUUUUCACCUAAAACUGAUGGUACAAAUAAUACAGCCCGAUAGACAAUUGUAUGUACAGGCAAGCAACACAGUAGAGGAAAGGGAAUGGACUCGUGCACUGCGUAAAGUAUGUCAAAGCAACCCACACAGAGUUAAGAAAUAUCAUCCUGAAGCAUUUGUAUGUGGUAAAUGGCUGUGCUGCAAAGAGCGGGCAGAAAAAGCACCAGGAUGUGCAGCUAUAACAGAAGUGCCUCAACCUAAAUGUGUAAAUGUAGCUAUUGACUGUGAUCGGGAGAUUGAAAGAAUACACUCACUGUUUUUAAUAAACUUGGAAAAGUUGGAUGAAUUGCAAGUUGAAUGUGAGAGUCAAAGUGAAAACUGCACUGUUGAAGGAACAACCCAGGAGAUGUGGAAACAGAAACUGGAAACCAUUAAUGACAUCCGUUCACAUAUCAUCAGCUUAGAACAAGAACACAAACAGCAUAGGAAAAUAACACACAGGCUGACCAGACAUGGCAGCAAGAAGUGCCCCUGGGGUCCAACUCAAGAAUCUCCUGAUCCAUUUAGACGUCAUUUGAUCUUAUAGUAGUCAAUGUUUGUAUAUAAAGUGUGUAGAAGUGUUAGAUUGUAAUGCUUCUGUCAUAGUGGUUACUUCUUGAAGUGCAAUCCAUAAAGACUUCCUUCUUCUCUGUAUAAAAUGCAAACUCGCAUACUGGAUAAAUUCUCCUAAGGAAAUUAGUCAGGAUGCCUCAGGAAGAGAACGUAGGUUGCUGUUAUUAAAUUUUUUAUUUAAGUGAGAUUUCAUUUUUGUUUGACCCUCUACAACAACAUCACCUGAGUGUACUGAUUUUCAGAACAAAGAGCUUAAACUCUGCAUUUUAUUUAGUAAUCUAAGUUUAUAAUUUUAUAAUUAUAUUUUUUAAGUUGAAUUUACAUCCUUCAGACUUACAGCAAACAAGUGUAUUUGUUAUCUUUCUCUUUCUAGUGUGAUGUGGUGGCUUUUUUAAUUUGGUAGUUGUUUCUUUUAUGUGGUAUUGCGAUUUGUAGAAAAAUGUGAAAAAACUUUUAGAGGGAAAAUGAUUUUCUUUGCAGUCAUUUCUAAGGGUAAAAAUAGUAGAAAAAUUAAGUUUAGGAGUAUGGGGUAUUUUAUGUUUACCUAAUUAAGAAAAAUUAUUUUACUAUUUAUGGGUUAUUUGAAAUGUUAUGCAAACACUGUUUAAUUUCUCAGAGAAGUUGAUCCAAUUAAUUUUUUUUGAGAGGGGCCAGGAAGCUAACUUUUAAGAAAACUCUUAAGUCCUCAUCAAUUUAGCACAAGUCUGUGCUUCGAAGGACUGUUUUCAUGUUAGAACUCGCAACAGAUAAUUGUAUAAUAGCAUACCAAACAAAUUGAGUUUGAUCUUGGAAGGUAUUCAAAGGAAUAUUUUACUUCAGAUACAGGUGCAAUACUCUGGUAGUAAAAAAAGAAGCACUUGCCCUCUCUCUUUUUAAGACAAAAAUUCAAUUGGGGUUCCCACAUUUUCAAAAGAUUCCCAGCCAGUCAUAAACUUAACAUACACAAUAGUGAAACUGAUUACCAUAAACAGUGCUGGUUCUGGAUAUUUUGUCAUGAAAACUGUGUCUUUGAAAGUAAGCCCCAUUGAAUGGUUACAAGGGGUGUGCACAAAAUUGAACAGUUAGUCAUGGGUGAGAUUGGCUUAAAACUGAAGGCUGUACUAUAAUUGGUGGAGAUCUGUUUUAACAAGAUGAAAUGCGGAGGUCUUUCAUGCCAAAAUAUUUUUUCCUUGGGCUCUUUUACUCUGCAUUCAUUCUAGUCCUCUACAUUUUCUUCAUGAUCAUGAGUGAAGCAUAACUCAAACAAUGUCACGUUCCUUUUUCCUUUUCUUUUUUUUUAUAUUUCAGUCUGUUUGUUAUUGUCUUUUUGUUUUCAUUCUGUUUUGAGUUUGGUUUUUAGAAUAAUUCUUUAAAAAAUAAAUAACACACACACACACUGUUACUCUGUUAUUCCUUCAAGUGUUGAAUCCACUCUCAUAUCUGUGGAACUUAUCGUUUGUUUAGUUCUGUGAUCCUUUCUGACUUUUAGAUGUUUCUAAGAGUUGAAUUGCAUUUUUGGCUGCUCAUUAAUGAUUUAAUACUUCAAAUUUAGAUGUUGCUUCAUUGUAUUGCUUUAUUUUUGUAAUAUACCUAUAUGUUAGAUUUUCAAGUCAUAUCGAUGUAAACUAUUUGAAAUUUUAUGCAUGUAGAUGCAAAUUAUUUUUGUUUAGAUUGGACCAGUAUGUUAUUUAUAAAGUUUUGCUGGUAAAACCAGCUCUUGGUUUUAUUUAACCACUUGAUAAUAAGCAGUAAAAAUUUCAAUGGUCAAUCCAGCUUCUCACCACAUGACUCCCUAAUGAUGAACUCCUGUUCAUUCAGUGGCAUUUACGCCAAGAAUCUUGUCUGAGUAAACGCAGUUGUGCAACAGACAUGACACUUUCACACUGGUUUGUCCUAAACUUAUCACAGUUUCACAAAUCACACCCUGGUCCUAAAAAUCAUCCACUACAUGUUAGUUUUCCUAAAGCCAGUGACACACUUUAUAAGCCAAUUAUGGUGAUAAAAUCACCAGGUGUGUCGCUGGCUCUGGGGAAUAACAGGUGAUGUAUUUCUUCAUAUGUGGGUUUUUAAAUUCAUUCACUACCACAAGAUAUUAACAUGUAACUUCUCCCAAAAAAAUUCAAAACAUGCAGUAGUAAGUUUAUGAGAAUGGAAAGACUAUUGUAUGUAACACUGCCUAAUUUACAAGGAAAUGUCAAUUAGCUAGUGGGGAGAAUUACUGAUUUUGAUCUAGGGAUUGAGAGGUAAAAUGCAGUGAAUUUUUUUGUAUUUGAAUGAUGACACAACUUUCCAUUAUGAUUUUCACAAAGUUUUUCGUUCUGGUAUUGAAUUAAAAAUUCAUGACAUGUACCAUAGAGCAAGAUGUGUGUUUGUAAUAAUCUCCUUUCAAUUGGUUUGUUAUGUUAAUUUUAUAUAGAGUAUGAAAACUAACCCGUUACAUCUAACUUAGACAAAAGUUAAGUACAGUUGCCCCCAAACAAUUGAAAAUAAAACAAGUUAA